AUGUAUAUUUCCAAAGAUGAUAUUAUCCAUAUAGCAAAACGUGAAGAUAGUUCAGAAUCGUGGUUAUUAUUUAUUCCAAUAUUAUUUGUAAUUAUCAUCAUUUGUAUAAUUAGUUCUCACAAAACCGAAGAACAAACUGAAGAACAAACUGGAAAUACUACCACCACUACCACCACAGUAACCACUACUACAAUUGUAAAUGGUUCCAGCCCAAAUACAAGUACAAGCACAAGUACAACAACCACAAAUGGUUCCGGAGAAGUCCAGGCUCAAUAUAUGUCUUAUGCUCCUAGUUCACCACCUCCAGUUUAUAAACAUCUGGGUUAUUAA